CCGCCGCUGAGCGAGCCCAGCGCCCUGCGCCACGACGAGAUUUGGAAUGCUUUGACUGAUAAUUAUGGUAAUGUCAUGCCAGUUGACUGGAAGUCCUCCCACACCAGAACUUUGCAUUUGCCAACACUAAAUCUUGCAGAAAAAGGGGUAAACGAUGGUUUUAACCUUGACUUGUCAGAUGAUGAAGAACUGAGAGAGCAGCUAGAUAUGCAUUCUAUCAUAGUGUCCUGCAUCAAUGACGAGCCGCUCUUCACAGCAGAACAGGUGAUUGAAGAAAUAGAGGAAAUGAUGCAGGAAUCGCCUGACCCAGAUGAUGAUGAAACACCCACUCAGUCAGACCGGCUAUCCAUGCUUUCUCAGGAAAUUCAAACGCUCAAGAGGUCCAGUACAAAUAACAGUUAUGAAGAGAGAGUAAAACGACUGUCUGUUGCUGAAUUAAAUGAACUGCUCGAAGAAAUUGAAACUGCCAUUAAGGAUUAUUCUGAGGAGCUUGUACAGCAGUUGGCUCUACGAGAUGAGCUGGAGUUUGAGAAAGAAGUGAAAAAUAGUUUCAUUUCUGUUCUCAUUGAAGUACAAAACAAACAGAGAGAGCACAAGGAAUCAGUGAAGAAGAAAAAGAAGCUGAAAAAUGGUAGCCCUCAAAAUGGCAAACAAGAAAAAGGUCAUAUGCCUGGAACACGCUUCAGCAUGGAAGGGAUAUCAAAUGUCAUUCAGAAUGGCUUCCGCCACACGUUUGGAAACUCAGGUGGAGAGAAACAGUACUUAACAACUGUCAUUCCAUAUGAGAAGAAAAAUGGACCCCCAUCUGUUGAAGAUCUUCAAACAUUAACCAAAAUCCUACAUGCUAUGAAAGAAGACAGUGAGAAAGUGCCAAGUUUGUUAACAGAUUACAUUUUAAAGGUUCUUUGUCCUACAUGAAGAGGACUGCUUUUCUUCAGAAGUAACCAUGCUCCUUCCUCUGACAAGAAGUACUCCUUGAACAGUUCAUAGUAUUUUUCUUUUUAUUUGGCACUGUAUCUAAACAUGUAUGUAUUUACUUUCUGUGUCUGUCUGAACAAUGGGCAUGAUGACUGAACUCAUCCAUUUUAACUUAAUAGUGCAAUGUACUUGAGCAUAGAACAAACACUGUACAGUUUUACUCACAAAUGUUGUUUUGGCUUUUUAAAAUCUAUUUUUACAUUGUACAGCAUGUAGUAAUCCCUCCCACACCUUUUAUUGGUGUGAAAGGGAAAAAAAACUUUAAAUAAUGUAAAUAAAGUAAGCUUAUAGUUUUAACUAAUUUACCGUAAAAUCAUCCUUGUUUCCUAUAUCGAACAUACAAGAGGGAUCACAGCCAAACCGGCACUAGAAGAGUCUAUGGAAGUUCUUCAGUGGAUACCCCAAAGCAUUGGAAACUAAAACUGAGCACUUUUUUAAAGCAGUAAUGUGGAUUAAAACAAUGAUAUAGCAUUGUUCAGGCAUUGAGCAAAUUUUACAAGGCUUUGACAGGAAAAAAGAAUCACAAUGUGGCUGCAGCCUUUACUCACUGCUUGAUUAAUCUGAACAUCAAAACAUUAUGUAAUAUUUAUGUAAUUAAUUUCCUUUUGUUUUUAGUCUUCCACUGUUUUUUAAUCAUGACACAAGAACUUCACAAGGUUUUAUGUGAAAGGAUUGAAAAAGUCAGCUUAAAUUCCCUUCAAGUAUUAUGUUAAAACUUUUCAUUAUUUUGUACCUGUAAGAUUUCUUACAAAUCUUUUUUUCUUAAUUCUCAGUCUGGGAAGAUGAUGUACCUGCACCUAGGUAUCAUUGAUGAGAGCAUAUUUUAAAAAUCUUAUUAAAGGUAUAAAAUCAUACCUUUAAAAUCAUUGAUGAUUUUUGUCAAACCUAUAGAUUAAAUCAGUGAUCUGAAAGGAAAAGUAAAAUACUAACAUAAAGAGAUAAAGUGGUUCUUUAGGUUUCAUUCUUCAUUUAUUAUGCAUAUAUUUUGUGGUAGACUUGAAGAGAUAGGGACUUUAUAGCAACAUAGGAAGUUUUGCUUAUAAGCAAAGAUUUUUCUUAAGAAUUUGCUUCCAUGAAAAAGCCUUGGUGAGAGAGAACCUGUAAAACUUCCUACAAUGCAGUAUUUUUACAAUCUGUUUAUUAAUACCAUGUACCAUAUGAGUUUUCAGUUUCAUUAGUGGAAUACACUAAAUAUGAUCAUGGCUCUCUGUCACUCAAUUAUGCAUUUUUUCUCUACAUGCAAUUGCUAUAAUUGAACCUCAGUAUUAUGUGUCUGUCAUACCUGUCACUGUUUUCAGGAUAUUCAGAGUUCAGAACUCUUCAGCACUGCACCAGCUUGUCAGAAGCAGACCGUUGUCUCCCUGUUCAGGUGGGAUAAUGGCUUUGUGUUGCUUGCCUUUUCAAUGAGAUGUUCACAUGCAGUUGCUGAUCUGGUUAGGUCUGUCAGUUUCUGGAGAGUUUGGGUUUUUGGGGGGAUUUUUUGACUACUUUUAUUUUACCCUUCCUUUAACAGGUCCUCCAAAAAGAAAAAUGCCAUUUGUUUCCUUAGCUAGUGUUACGACUUGAGCAUGGCUCUGUAUGUGUUCCUGUAGACUGCUGCUUUUCAAGCUGCUCUGUUGUAGUUCUUGGCUGAGAGAGAGAAUCCUGUUCUCUUAUUUCAAUACAGAAAGGGAGACACCGUGGCAUAAAAUAUGGUGAGCCCUAUCAUUGUUCCCUGAAGCACAUCUACUCAAAGAUAUUUCAUCAAGUUGUUAGGUGAUAAGAUUUGGACCUAAAAGGUCCAGAACAUUCUGGCCCUGAUCCAGAGAAGCACUUAGGCAUUAGAGUACUCUUUCUGAAUUCAGUGGCACUACUAAUGUCCUUAUAGUUACACAGGCAUAAGUGUUAUGGUGGAUCAGAGCCAGAAUAUUCAGGACCUUGCAGAAUUAAAGCCCAAGGUCUUUAUCACUCAAUAAAAUUACUCUUAUAUUCCAGGAAGGGACACGUAAGACAGCAGAGCUGAAUGAUGGUCUUACUGGGAGUUGAUGUUGGUAGAGCGUAGUUUUAAUAUACAAUUCUAACUUAAGUUCCACUCCAUGCCUUAUUGGUCCCAGAUUCAUGGAGUGUCAUGUACUGGAGUUAAACUGGCAGGACUAUCUUUUAAUAUAUUUCUUUGAUGUCCUUAAACAUCAAUAUUUAGACCCAGGCAAAAACUCCCUCUGAGUGCCUGUAUAAAUCAAUUACAGAGAGAAAGAAAUAAUAAAAUAUUUUUAUAUUAGUACUUUUGUUGUAGGGGUGUUUUAUGGAAUGUUCUACCAUGCUUAUAGGACCCAGUACUUUGCCAUUUUGAAAUGACUGCAGAAUAUUCUAUUCCCAAAUUUGUCUGAGGAACACAAACAAAGUAAAAUGGCAGUGUUUAAUUUUAAUCUAACUCCCUGGCAUCUUAUCAUUUUACUUACUAUGCUAGCUAAAACUUUAACAAAGCUAAUUGUUAGGGAAUUCUAAAACAAGGUUUUUCCCCAUUUAACAUGGGGGAGCCCCUCAUCUUAGAACUGAGUAGGAGGGCAUGGGGAGAGCAGGUGGCUGCUGUGACUCAGGCUCCAGCUCCUUCCUGGGGUCGGGGCUGUAGCCCCAGCUGCUGCCUGCCCCCCUCCUCCUAUCCACCUCUGUACCCCACCAUCUUCCCCCCUACUCCUUCAUGCAGCCUCUGUUCCCCACCUGUACCUCUUCCUCCCUGCUUCCCCAUCUCCCCAUGGGUGCCAGCAGGCUCUGUUCCCGUUCUAGCCCGGGAUACUGAGCAUGGCCUUAGCCAGCCCCCCAAGAAGUUGUGCAUGCCCAGAAUUUGCAAAUAUAUGCCUCUGAUGGAAAUACGUAAUACUAAUGUGGGUCAAGCCUAAGGAGGCAAGUUUUCUUUUAAUAAGAAUAAAACAAAAAGCCUGAAUAAGUGGCAUUAAAUCACCUGAAGUGCUUGCUAAAGCUAUCAUAUAUGUAUAACUGUUUCCCAGUUCAUUGGAUUCAGGUGCUUCAUUUGAUAAGUUUACCUGCUGGCUUCCUAGAAUCAGCUUGGAUGAGGGCAGUCUGUCUGAGAGUUAAUCCAAAUAGACAGAAAUCAUGCUUAUUGGCUAGGAAAACAAGCAGAAAAAUGACAUUUAAUAGUAUCAGUUUCCUUCCGCUUAAUGGCAUUUCAUCUUACUGCAUUCUCAGCGGCUUCUAGAUAGACACAGCAGGAAGGAAUGUUUUGUCAUACAUACCAGGUCAGGAAAUUGUGACCUUUUUCUUGGCAUGCAAACCUUAACACAGAAAUUUACAUCUCUGUCACUUCUAGAUUAGAUUACCUAAAUAUCAUCUAUGCUUUAAUGCCACCAAGAAAUUGAAACUAGUGUAGAAUGUGGCAGCUUGAGGGCUUAGUAGCAGUGCUUACAGAGAGAAUCCAACAUCUGUGCAACAUCAUUAUAUGGCUUCAAGUUAAUUUCCAGAAGCAAUUUAGUAUGUUGGUUUUGAUCCAUAAAGCUCUGGAAAAUGAAGUCAGUUGAUAUACUUUAACAGUUCAGUGAGAAAGGGGUUGUAGACAGGAAUAUUCAAUGAUAAAUCUACAGAUCUGAAAUACGUUUUCCCUCGUCGAUAUACCUGCACCCAGAUUUGCUGACCAUUAAAUUGCAAUGCAGAAUUCAGCUCUUCUUCCAUGCUUUUUCUAAGAAAAUAGGCUGCAUUGGACUGUAAAGUUGCCCUAGUCUGGGUACAUUUAGAACAUUUUUAUCUUAAUUUGUAUGUUUAAUAUUUUUGUCUGGAGCUGCAUCUGAAUCUAAAGACAUUCCAAAGAUUAUCAGAAUUUCCAUUACAGAAAAACAGAAGUAGAAAUUAAGCCCGAAAAGCAUCUAUCGGGAUCACGAAGGGGGUUAUUUUGGGGUUGGUGGUUGUUUACACAGCCUCGGAGAAACCCUGAGACUGAUGGAAAUGCAGGUAAACACAUCUGGUUUAAUGUUAGGACAAGCCAGCUCGUUACUCCCAAAUUCUCUACAUAUUAGGCUUUAAUGGAUUCUAGGGAGUUUAUAUACUGCAUGUGCAAUAACAGGUAAGAAAUGUUCCCUGAAGACACAAGCUACUAAUUAUCCUACAAUUUAAUUUUUCUGCCCUAAGCCAAGGAAUUUGAGAGUGGUAUGUGCCAAUGUUUUGUCCUUGCUAGAAGCCUAAUCUCUUGUCCCAUUAUUCAAAUUCCUCACCUUCAGUUUAGCUCAAGACUUGUUUUUCCCCUCUUCAUUUUUAUUCAUUGUCAAAUAAAGGCUGACUAGUUAAUUGAACUAGUGCAAACAACACUGAUGAAGAAAUCUCAUUACGCAGGAGACAUACUUGUUGCAUUUUUCUGUUAUGUGUUUCUAUGACACCCUUUAGAAAUGUGUGUUUUAGCAUUCAAUACAAAAAUGAAAAUUCUACGUCUUCCUCACAUUUAUAACCAUUGAGCUUAAACUGUUUUGUUCUUUUCAAACCAGUCACUUUAUGUGUUUGCCUUUGUUAACUUUAUUGAAUAAAAUACUAAUUGCAGAAUAUCCGUUCAUUUAUUAUUUACAUAAAAUGCUUAUAGAUUUUUCCAAAGGAAUAUGAAUAACUUCAGUAAUAAAUCCUGACUCUCUGCAUAUGAUAAAAAAAUUAAUAAAAUGUAAGUACAAAGUUCUUCU